ACAAUUGAACAAAAUCAAAAAAUGAUGCCAAAGGAAUUUGGAAGGCAUCCUAUUAAUAUCCAAAAAUACUACUCUGCUUUUAAAGCAGAAGAUUGGUAUAACUGGAUAGUUUUAUAUUCAAUUUCACUUCUUUAUGACUAUUUACCUGAGAGAUAUAUAAAUGGGUGGGCAAAAUUUGUUAAAGCAACUCAACUUUGCCUUAAACCAAAAAUCUUUAGUAUUUUUCAAGAAGAAACUAAAAUUCUACCUCUGGAACGUGCUUUUAAUUUUUCAACAACUGAAGAGGAAUUACAUUCACCAUCUCAAAAGUAUAAUAUGAUAAAGACAGAAGUUCGAAAGGUUAAGCAAUACUAUGCAACUGCAUUAGAUUUAAUGAUGAAUGAAGUAAGUAAAAUUAUUGAACAUAUUCAAAAAUAUGGCAAGCCGAGAACUAAAUCUGAAGCACUAAUUAGCUCAAAACUAGUUAACCGUAAAGGUGAUAUUGCUCGCAAUAACUAUUCAAUUGCUGCAAAGCUUUUAGUUAACAAAAAUGCACACCUACUAAAAGCACAUUAUGACUUUAAAGAGCACGAGUUUUAUG